AUGAAGCUUACCAAAUUGUUCGUCCUUUUCGCCAUUUUACCCAUUGUAUCCUUGCUAGGAAAAGAGCAAGUGGCUGCCGUCUUUGAAAAUGAUAAGCUUCAGAAGGAAGACCUCGAUAUCGACGGCAGAAUUAAGAAACUUUUACGGAAGAAAAAAUUAAUAAAGAUAUCCCUAAUUGCGGCGAUGGUACUUGCUGCGGGGGGAAUACUCGGUGGAUUGGGCUAUGGCAUCGUGAGAUAUCGCAAAAAAGGAGAAAUGGACAGCGAUGAUGAGCCAUUUGUAGAGCUCGUUGAUCCAGUUCAAGGUUCGCCAGAGGCAACCCACUCUAGAAUGACGUCGACCACAGGAGAUCCCCAAGUCACAGUAACUAUCGAGAGGUCAUACACAGAAGUACCACCCUCCCCAGCCGAUCUCGAAAUGGAAGAUAUUGAUGGGGAUACAGGACAAGGGGUGGAUCCAUUUGUGGAUGAGACUGGCCAAGACGCAGCUGAGGAGAUACCGGAUGAGAUAGGUGAGGAGGCAGUGGAAUGA